CCUAUACAUUGUAUAGGUAGAUCUGUGGGCUAUAUCUAGCUAGCUCUUCUUAAAAAAAAAGUAGUCACCUCGCGUGUUGUGUAGAUCUUCUAUUUUUCGUUUGUUUAUUCAUGAUAUACUAUCAUAUAGACUAGUUCCAUGACCAUGGUGAUGAUCUGUUCAUUGUGAUUUGUUGCAUUAUUUUUCAUGGCUCACUCACAGCCUCCUCAGACACAAGAAAGACAGAAUCGCAAGUUAAUUGAACAUAUUCAUGAACAAAAGAAACGACUACAGCAUGGUCACCACAGCAGUAUGGCAGUCUCAGUUGGUGUAAGUCCAGCACCCAUUUUAAACAGCCCAGCAGCUACAGUUCCAGGACUCUCUGCAGCUGAAUAUGCUAGUAUAAGUAACCCAGCACAAAGAGCAGCUCUCCAGCAUGCUCAUGCCAAUUCUGUUGGUUAUUUUAUCACACAAGAUUCAGCAUUUGGAAACCUUAUUCUUCCAGUCCUUCCAAGAUUAACAGAUACAAAAACAGAAAUAAAAUAGCCUGAAAUUGUU